AUGGCCAAAAAAGAUAAGAAAGGGAAAAAGGACGAUUCUAACGAACCUCCAGAGUCUGACGUUCAGGAUGAGAUAUUGCUGGCCACAACAAACUUGGAACCAGAACCAGAGGAGGUUCAGUACACAGACACCUCGUACACCAGUGCUUCUUUCGAGUCCUUACCACCUGUUAUUGAAGAACCGAAGGCUAAGAAAAAGAAGGGAAAGAAGAAAAUUGAGGCUGUCGAGGUCCUGAAAGACACAAGUGAGCUAUUUCAGUGGUCAGAAGAAUCGCUACCUGCAGAAGAACAAAAGAUAGAAGAAGAGCAGAAAGAGACCAAAAAAAAAAAAGUAAAAAGGAAAGAAGGAAAGGAAAAAGAGGAAAUACCCGAAUUUGAAAAGCCAAAAAAUUGGAAAAAGAUGAAUAAAAAAGAAAGAGAAGCUUGGAUGCUGCAGAGGAUAGAAGAAUGGCGGGCAGAGAAGGAAGCGGAGAAACAAGCAAUCCUGGCGGGCGCGAAAGAGAAACGCGCUGCCCUAGCGCGGGAAAGAGCGGAGUUGAUGGCGAAAGAUAAUGCUGAGCAAGAGAUUAGAAGGGAUCUACUGCAGAAGACAUGUGACUUAUUCCACAAAUUUGAAAAGCAGAAGCUGGACUUUCAUAACAAGAAACAGAUGCAAGCGGAGUGGCAACAGUACCUCCGCUGUGAUGGACUCCCUGAUCCCCGCGUCGUGACCCAGAUGAACACAUACUUACACCUGUGGCAGCUGAAUCCCAAAUGCGAUGAUAACGAACUCGAGAAACGAUGCAUUGAAGCCCUACCUAUGUUGGAAAUGCUAGAGGAGUUCGUAGCCAACUCAAGACAAUACACGCCACUACAGGCUCAAAGCUACAAUGAAGUCCGACUAGCACUCCGCGAGCAGCUCUCAAACGCAAUCGAACUUGCGUCGUACACCCUACUGCGAGACUUGGAGAAUCAUCUAAAGUUCGACUCCAUAAAACUGGCCACGUACCAACGGGAGUUUAAAGGCUUGCGGCUGAACUUGUGGGUCGCAGUUAGAAUGCCUACGAGGAAACCUAAACCAGUGGAACCUGAUCCAGAACCAGUGGAGCUUUCCUUUCCGUCGAUGCGCGUUGGCGUGAAACUGCCCAAAAUCAUCGAUGGAUCCUGCAUUUGCGUCAGAGCCGCUCGGUCUAUGCUGGACUUGCUUAGCGAAAGUUCUAGAAGUUACGCUUUAGCAGCUGAUAUGCCCAACAGGUAUGAAGAUCUAUUCAUAUUCAAUGUGAAAGAGCAUGUCGAUAUUGACAAGCUGAAGAAAGUACAAGACGAAAUCAGGUCGAAAUUCUACAAAGAGAUACGGGAGAAGAUAAAAGAGUUGGAGAACUUCUUAAAAGCUAACCCAUACACAAAAAACGAGAAGGAGAAAGACAACUUGGAUAAUUUAAAUAUGGCGGAACCGCCAUUCCUACCGGAUCCUAGGACUUUUAUAUCCGAACAAAAUGAAUUAGCGUUCACGAAGUACCUCAAAAUGUGUAUGACGAGAACACGCUCUGGUGAAAUUAAUUUACGGAAAUACAGGAUAUGCGGUGGUGUACUCCAUUUGGAUCUGCUGACGACGCCGCCACAACCGAAACGAAUGCGGGGCUCCAUCACGCUCACCACACGUGAGUAA